UGGGGAAAGAAGAGUAAGGCCCAAGAAAACAUGGUCAUAUUCGGAAAAGAGGAGGUCGAGUGAGAAGAAGCGAAACCCUAAACUUCUGGUCGAGUGAUAAGAGUAAAAGUGAUGAAGUUUGCGAAAUCCGUCGUUGCGCACUCUUAUCGCCGAGGAAAACCAUUUGGGCGGCAUAGUUUUAAUAAUGGAGCUAGAGGAAUGGCGGCGAAUCGUAUUCCUGAUAAACCAGUUGUACUACAUGGCUCUAUGGCACCUGGCCUAGCAUUCUCUUUUGGAUUUACUGGCUACCUGAUCUGGCAAAUGGUUGAGGUUAGGCGAAUGUCAAAAGCUGCGGACAAGGAUAUCGAAUAUCACAGAGAAGCCCGUCUGAGGAACAUCCGUAUUUGUGAAGGACACCGGGAGAUAUCGAGGCUCAGGGAUAAAAAUAAAGCUGAACCUGAAGCUGAAGUUGAAGUUGAAGUUGAAGCUGAACCUGAAGCUAAGAUGGUAGAAGAAGAUAUGGAAAUGCCAUGGUGGUGUGGUUCGGCUUGAGAAGAAUUUAGAGAUAGAGAUUGAGCUCUGUUAAUUGUUGCUCUGUUUUUUCUUAAAAGCUAUGAAAAACACAGAACACUCUAAACAAAGAGGCAGUCACUGUACAACCGUUUUCU